AGUGGGACACGAGAUCAUAAUUUCCCUCUUUUCUCGAAGUUGAAAAUGAGCAUUAAUUUAUUAUGUAAUAAGUUAUAUCUAAGUGCCAUAUUAGUUUAAAUAUGUUUUCUUAAACCUGAAGUAAAGUCUUUUAAAUGUUAUUUUUAGUGUUUCCAGGCCAGUUUGUUCGUAUCCUUCCUUAAUUUCAAUGCUAAUGGUGAUCCGGACGCUUUCCUUCAUUGCGACAGGGAUAAAUAAUGACCCGUAUUCUUUUUGUAAAAGAUAUUGAAUCACUCAUGACCACACAUCGGCAGUCGAUAUCUAUUAAAGUUUUUGUGUUUUAAUGCUCGAAAACAUAUUUUAAAAACAUUGUUCGUACGUCUGAAAAAUUCUAAAAUAUGUGGCAUAUGAAUAUCUUAACAACACCCUCGAAACAAUAUACAUGUAUACACAAGCUCUUAAUCUUUGCUCAACAACUGACAACUUCUUCCCAAAUCUAGACUCUCGUCAAACGAUUUUUGCUGUUGAAGUGGCUGCAUUAAAAACAUGGAUCAACACCUUAUUAAAAAAAUUUCCCUUUGAUGAUUAAACAAGAAGUUCUUUACCCUCCUUCUGCCAAUGUCCUCCAUUUCAAUUUUUGGUUUAAAGAAAGGCCUGUUCAGAUCUUUGCUUCAAAAUAAAGAGACAUGACAUAAGCAUUUGAACUGAUAACGGUUAACUUUUGAUGAAAGCUAUAUCCUUUACUCAUAUCAAAAAGCAAAUUUAUAUUAAAGAAAUCAUUUUUUUCUGCUUGAUCGCUUCGCUUCCCAGCACUUCAAACUGACGUAUUCUAUAUACGUAACGUAUACUCUUUUCCUCUCAUCUUAUUUCUCUGUCUCUGUCUCUCUUUCACUCACUAACUUUAUCUCUAUCCUCUGUCUGCCUCUGUCUCUCUCUCUCUCCCGUCUAUGCACAAAGCGUUUGUUUGGUGCCAAAAGGGCGUUAACUCUGUUAAAUUGAUAUGAGUUAACGCCUUCCUGUCUCCAAUCAGACGAUAAUAUAAUUCAUUUUAGUCCACCUAGUGGUCUAUUGCUUGUAUACAUUUUUAUCUUGAAUGAUCGGCUUUCACCAGAGGGCGUCUUUGAAAGCUUCAGUCAUCGAUGCAUAUAAACAUAGUUUGGUGUAUCACAGUUGAACACAUAACGGCUCAAAUUGCAUUGUUUGUCAAACACACAACAUCAUAAAGUGCGUCUGCGCGUCCGACAGAAACCGAGUAGGCCACUCUUUAUGAAUAGUUGGCUCUGUUGAUAUACUUAUGAAAAAUGUAAAAUAAUUACAAAUUAUGCUACGAAUAAUGGCAUCUCUAUGAGUGGAAUCCACUUCGCAUGAAUUACGUGUACUUUAAGUUAUGGCACUUGAGUUUCGAAGGGAGCUGCAGUGCCCCCUAAAUUCGCCAGUAGUAUCACUUAUUUUUGCAUUAACUUGUUUUCUCUCAAACCGUUUGAAAAAAAAAACAGAUCCUAGCGUUUCCGAUUAAACACAUAAAUAGGUAAAAGAUGUUUUCUGAAGAGGGUACAUUUAUUUACUACGUGUUGUUAGGUAGGGCAAGCCAUAAUGUUUGUCUUACCUAGCAAAAACUAAUGUAUGAUUUUUUUAAUAUAUUUUUUUUAACAUUGAGUUACAUUUGUUCGUAAAAGGUCAAAUAUAUAUAUUUGUAUCGAGGCGAUUCACAAAAGCAUAUGCAUAAAUGUGGGUACAUUACGCAAAUGGCCUAUUCCAGACCAGCCUUACCAAAUGAUUUCAAAUGAAAUAUAACAACAAACAUUCUUUCUCGUUAAAGUAAUAAUACAAUCAAGUACCGACUUAUGUUUUGAAUGCUAUUUGAACUCCUACCCCCCCCCCCAAAAAAAAGGAGCUUGAUUUAGAUGUUUUGAAAUAAAGACCUCAUGCGGAGUGCCUCUCAUUGACCUUCGCCAUUAUGCUCAAUGAUCGGUCUGUAAAACUAGAGAUACUCUGAUAGUUGUUUUCUCUUUUAGAAAAAGAUAAUGGUCAUCGACAGACAAAACAUCACAGUUCUUUUUAUCUAAAUAAAAGUGCAUUCGGGUUCGCUUAUGACUGUCUUUCAUUGCAUAAAUCAUUACAUGACAGAAUACACUGUCGGUGCGAGGUAUCUGGAGGUUUCGCAAAUGCCGUAUUAAAAAAUUUCGUCUAUUGGUUUGAUUUCCUAUCUUUCUUCUUCUUCGGAGGACAGUAAGUCCACAAGUUCGGAAAUGGUUGAGCAAGAAGGGAGACAGAGUAUUGGCGGACCACAACAAGGUUAUGGUACCGUCAAUAAAGACUCGUCGAGUAUCAACUGCGUAAAUGGGGCCUACGAAAGCCCGCGCUCCGUUGGCAAGAAACGGGAUGGGAUCAAGUGGCCGGAUGGCGGAGCGCAAGCGAUUUAUGUCAUAUUCUUACUUACGCUACUAAAUGCUGCAAACAAGAUGGACAGGUACGUUUUGAUCGAGGUAAUCAAGGAGAUGGCGGAAGAUCUAGAGUUCGGGGAUCGUAGCUGUUUGAAUGCCACCACCCACAUCGACCCCACUGCUAACGUCGAGGAAAGAGAGAAAUACAGCUGUGACCCUCAGAGAUGCAAGGAGACAGAAAUUGUGCGCCUCAACGGCACGGCCUUGAAUGUGACGUCAUGCCAUUGGGUCUACUGGGGAACGGGUCUCGAGUACCAACUCCUGGCCGGUCCUGCUUUCAUCGUGGUCGUGGGAUUGAUGAGAAUCCCUCUCACCUUCGUCAUGGAGCACGGUCGCAUCAACGGACGGAACAUCUUGGUCGGCUGCGCCAUCGCCUGGAGCAUGGCCACAUUGCUUACGGGGUUCGCUACCCAAGUUUGGCAUGUCUACGUUUGCCGUGUUCUUCUUGGUCUCUUUCAGGCCCCGUUCAGCCCCUUUUCCGUUGCCCUGGUAACAGCAUACUCCCCGCCGCAACUGCGUGGUCUAGCCAUGAGCAUCUUAAACAGCGGUAUCGCAAUAGGAUACGCCCUGGCCUACGGGUUGGGUUUCCUGAAGGAGGCGGCCGGCUGGCGGUGGGCCUACUGGGUUGCUGGCAGCCCAGGAGUGAUCGUCGCUAUCAUUAUGCUAUUCACUUUGCAGAAUCCCGACAAGCUCAUUCAGGUAUGUGUGUUUGAAAAGCUUUCCAGGCACAGACAUAGGCAAGCAGACUUCUCAAUCGUUGAUCAAGAUGGGGCGGUGCGAGCAGCUCAUCUUCCAAAACUGGGCCACCAUCGUCCCCUCAUCCUCGGGUCCGCCCUCCGCUUCGGGGCGACGUACAUCUUCAACUACAACAUCAACAACUACCUGUUGUACUAUUACCCUCACUUCCCCGUCCAUAACUACCUGAGCUGGACCCCGAUCCUGUCUGGUUUCGGCGGCAUACUCUUCGGUGGGAUUCUGAGUGAUGUCGCUCGGAGGAGAUACGGGGUGGAGGGCAGGAUGUGUAUACAGAUCGUGUUAUCCGUAAUCUGCGCCCCUGUCAUGACAUUGAUCUUCUUCCUCGAGCCCCCUGCCGUCUUCGCCGCCGCAGCCGUCGGGACCUCGAUUGCCGACGCGUGGACUGGAGGCACCGUCUCCACACUCACCGAGCUCAUCCCACCGGGUCUCCGGCCGUCCUUCUUUGCCGUCUACUACUGUCUCAUCAACACCGUCGGCGGGACGCUCAACAUCACCCUGCCGGCGCUGCGGCGGGCAAUGCACUUCCGGUACGCUAUGAUCAUGGCGGUGAUAGGGCUGAUCUCGCUCGGGACCGUCCUCUUUACGUUGGGUUUCUUCGCGAUGGUGUGCUCCCGACGACGACGACGACGGUACCGCGGCGAUGAGAACGAGAACGAGACGGAGGAUGAAAACUCCAAUGAAACCAUAACCCCUCCACUGAAUUAAGGCUAUACAUGAUUAUACAAUCAAACUUGUCGGCCCGAAUUCACAAAGGAGGUUUGUCGACAAACCUUGGUUUUCGUAC